AAGAAGUGUGAAGAUAAGAAAGCAAAAGAUAGGAACAGACCCUUGGUGUCAUUGUAGGAACUUUGUUACGUGUGUAUGCAGCGCACUAAGGCCAACAGUGCACUGUAUUCUAAAGUCGAGAACAAAGAAGAACAGGACGAGCAAUUUCUACAUCAAUACCAGAUAAUGAACAACAAGGACACUGCAUUCAAAGACCAGUUGAGACUAAAAUCAGAAAAAGAAGAAUGCAUGAAGAAUGCUGCAUAUAACCUUGGUGUCGCAGAUGCUAUAAAAUCACAGAGGAAUCAGAAAUGCCACUUUUCUAAUCCAUACAUCUUUGAGAACCGACCAGAAAGUGCUGCUAUUGUCACUGAAAAGAAAAAUGAGUAUACUAAGAACCUUCUUAAACAAAUAGAUGCCAAUAGUAAACUGGCCAAGAAAAAAAAAGAAAGCCAGGAAGUCUUGGAGCAGCUAGAACGGCUGCAACUCAAACAAAAGUGA